GGGAGGGAGUAGCGCAGAGCAUCCCCACGGCAAUGUCCAAGGGCUUGAAGAAGAAAAGCCACUGGACGAGCCGAGUCCACGAGAUCGUGAUCGUGAGGAACCCGGAGGGGCAGCUGGGCUUCGAGCUGAAGGGGGGCGCCGAGAACGGGCAGUUCCCCUACCUGGGGGAGGUGAAGCCCGGCAAGGUGGCCUAUGAGGGCGGCAGCAAGUUAGUGCCGGAGGAGCUGCUGCUGGAGGUGAACGAGACCCCCGUGGCCGGGCUCACCAUCAGGGAUGUGCUGGCCGUGAUCAAGCACUGCAAGGACCCCAUCCGGCUCAAGUGCGUCAAGCAAGGAGGAAUUGUUGAUAAGGACCUUCGUCACUACCUCAAUUUACGGUUCCAGAAAGGUUCAGUAGACCAUGAGCUCCAGCAGAUCAUAAGAGACAAUCUCUACCUCCGCACGGUGCCAUGCACCACAAGGCCACAUAAGGAGGGAGAAGUCCCUGGUGUGGACUAUAUUUUCAUCACUGUUGAAGAUUUUAUGGAAUUGGAGAAAAGUGGUGCUCUCUUAGAAAGUGGAACAUAUGAAGACAACUAUUACGGCACUCCGAAACCUCCAGCAGAACCAGCUCCAUUGCUGUUAAAUGUAACAGAUCAGAUCCUCCCAGGUGCCACUCCCGGGGCUGAAGGCAAACGUAAAAGGAAUAAGUCUGUGAGCAAUAUGGAGAAGACAGGUAUUGAACCACCAGAGGAAGAAGAGGAAGAAAGACCUGUGAUCAAUGGAAAUGACGUGACAGUAACACCAGAAUCAAGUGAACAUGAAGAGAAGAGUACAGCUGUCUCGGGUGAGGUAUCUUCCACCCAACCUUGUCCUGCACCAGGAUAUACUCAGCCUGAAGAAGCAAAGGAAGAUAUGGAUGUAACAAAGCAGACUAAACCUGAAGAGAAUGACGACUUAGGCCCACUGCCUGAUAACUGGGAAAUGGCUUAUACAGAAAAGGGGGAAGUCUACUUUAUUGACCAUAACACAAAGACAACAUCAUGGCUGGAUCCACGACUUGCGAAAAAGGCUAAACCUCCAGAAGAGUGCAAAGAAAAUGAGCUUCCAUAUGGCUGGGAGAAAAUUGAUGAUCCCAUUUAUGGCACUUAUUAUGUUGACCACAUAAAUAGAAGAACACAAUUUGAAAACCCUGUCCUAGAAGCAAAAAGGAAGCUACAGCAGCAUAACAUGCCCAACGCAGAACUUGGAACAAAGCCUAUGCAGGCCCAAGGUUUCCGAGAAAAACCACUCUUCACCCGUGAUGCAUCACAGCUGAAGGGGACUUUCCUCAGCACAACUCUUAAGAAAAGCAACAUGGGUUUUGGAUUUACCAUCAUUGGUGGGGAUGAGCCAGAUGAGUUUCUCCAGGUGAAGAGUGUAAUUCCUGAUGGGCCUGCAGCACAAGAUGGGAAAAUGGAAACAGGUGAUGUCAUUGUCUAUAUUAAUGAAGUUUGUGUCCUUGGACAUACUCACGCAGAUGUAGUCAAACUCUUCCAGUCUGUUCCUAUUGGUCAGAGUGUCAACUUGGUGCUAUGUCGUGGAUACCCUUUGCCCUUUGAUCCUGAAGAUCCUGCCAACAGCAUGGUGCCACCCCUUGCAGUAAUGGAGAGGCCUCCGGUAGUGGUAAAUGGAAGACAUAACUAUGAAACUUAUUUGGAAUACAUUUCUAGGACUUCUCAGUCUGUUCCUGACGUAACAGAUCGACCACCACACUCCUUGCACUCCAUUCCAGCAGAUAGUCAGCUUGAUAGCACAUUCCCACCAGCUGCCCAUGAUGAUAAUGUAUCAAUGGCUUCUUCUGGGGCCACCCAAGCUGAACUCAUGACCUUAACCAUUGUGAAAGGGGCCCAGGGCUUUGGCUUCACUAUAGCAGACAGUCCUACAGGACAGAGGGUGAAGCAAAUUCUAGACAUUCAGGGAUGUCCUGGUUUGUGUGAAGGUGACCUCAUUGUUGAGAUCAACCAGCAGAAUGUACAGAACCUGAGCCAUGCAGAAGUAGUGGAUAUACUUAAAGAAUGUCCUGUUGGAAGUGAAACUUCUUUGAUUAUCCAUAGAGGAGGUUUCUUUUCUCCAUGGAAAACUCCAAAGCCUAUGAUGGAACGAUGGGAGAAUCAAGGCAGCCCUCAAACGAGCCUGUCUGCUCCAGCUAUGCCACAGAAUAUUCCCUAUCAACCCACGCUUCAUAGGAGUUCAUUUCCUGAUUCCACAGAGGCCUUUGAUCCACGAAAACCUGACCCAUACGAGCUAUAUGAGAAAUCAAGAGCUAUUUAUGAAAGUAGGCGUCCCGAUUACAAGGAGCUGGAUGUUCACCUUAGGAGAAUGGAGUCUGGAUUUGGCUUCAGGAUCCUGGGAGGAGAUGAGCCUGGACAGCCUAUUCUCAUUGGAGCAGUAAUUGCCAUGGGCUCAGCAGACCGAGAUGGUCGUCUCCAUCCUGGUGACGAGUUGGUGUAUGUAGAUGGGAUUCCAGUGGCCGGCAAAACCCACCGAUAUGUGAUUGAUCUUAUGCAUAACGCUGCCCGAAAUGGGCAAGUGAAUCUUACUGUGCGGAGAAAGGUGCUACCCACAGGAGAACCGUGCCCAGAGAAUGGCAGAAGCCCAGGCUCGGUGUCUACGCACCACAGUUCUCCAAGAAGUGACUAUGCUACUUAUGCUAACAGUAAUCACGCUGUCUCUAGCAGCAAUGCUACACCCCCCGAGGGCUUCACUUCCCACAGCCUGCAAACCAGUGACGUGGUCAUCCAUCGCAAGGAGAAUGAAGGCUUUGGCUUUGUUAUCAUCAGUUCCCUGAACAGGCCCGAAUCUGGGUCCACAAUAACUGUACCCCAUAAAAUAGGGCGGAUAAUUGAUGGAAGUCCUGCUGAUCGCUGUGCAAAACUUAAAGUUGGAGACCGGAUCUUAGCUGUGAAUGGCCAGUCUAUUAUCAACAUGCCUCAUGCAGAUAUUGUGAAGCUCAUUAAAGAUGCAGGUCUCAGUGUAACACUUCGCAUCAUUCCUCAGGAGGCUUCCCAUUAUACAGAGCUGAACAGCCCAGCCUCGGCCCCCAGCUCAGAGAAGCAGAGCCCCAUGGCCCAGCAGCACAGUCCCAUGGCUCAGCAGAGUCCUUUGGCCCAGCAGAGCCCUGUCGCCCAGCAGAGCCCCGUCGCCCAGCCACCACCUCCACAGCCCCUCCAGCUCCAGGGACAUGAAAACAGUUAUAGAUCAGAAGUAAAAGCCAGACAGGAUGUGAAACCUGAUAUCCGGCAACCUCCAUUUGCAGACUACAGGCAGUCCUCAACGGACUACCGACAGCCUCCGCUGGACUACAGGCAUCCUCCAGUGAUGGAUUACCAGCAGCCACCACCUCUCGACUACAGGCAGCCACCCUUGAUGGAUUACAGGCAGCAUUCACCUGACACCAGGCAAUACCCUCUGUCAGAGUACAGGCAGCCCCAGGACUUUGAUUAUUUCACUGUUGAUUUAGAGAAAGGAGCCAAAGGUUUUGGGUUUAGUAUUCGAGGAGGAAGGGAGUACAAAAUGGAUUUGUAUGUGCUGAGGUUAGCAGAAGAUGGACCAGCAAUAAGAAAUGGAAGGAUGAGGGUAGGAGAUCAAAUCAUUGAAAUCAAUGGAGAAAGCACAAGGGACAUGACACAUGCCAGAGCAAUAGAGCUAAUCAAGUCUGGUGGCAGGAGAGUGCGAUUGUUGUUGAAACGUGGAACAGGCCAGGUCCCAGAAUAUGACGAACCAAACUCCUGGAGUGCUCCCUCUGCCACCUCCCCAGGUCUGCCGGAAGUAGCUCUUUCCCUCGAAGACAUAAUCUCACCAUUAUCUUCAUCACACAUAGCCCCACCCUCUGACCCUUCUCACCAGAUAAGCCCAGAGCCAACAUGGGAUAUCAAGAGGGAACACGAUGUAAGGAAACCAAAGGAGCUUUCGGUGAACGGUCACAAAAAGAAAAGGUUAGGAGAACAAAGAGAAAGGUCAGCAAGUCCUAAAAAGGUAGAUAGGUCAAAGCACGAAGAGGCUUCUUGGAAAGGAUAUUCAGAAAGCAAAAAUAAGACCACUGAUGGUGGCAGGCCCACCUCAGAAAGCAAAGCGGUGGGACACAGCAUUAUGAUCGAGGCUGGCGCGAGAGAGCACGUGUGUGCUGGAACCAGUGAUGAACAGUUUGGGAGGCUGAGGAAGCCAGAAAGCAAGAGAGGAGGAUCUCUUGGCAAAAUAGAUCACAAAUCCACAAAUACCAGUGAGAAGUCAGCUGCGGCAUCCGAUCUUGUCAAGCUUGAUAUAGGUGCUACCAAGACGUACAGUAGCAACCGCUGCAGUUCGCCUGGAAGUGAUAUGGACCACAGCCAGAGGGACCCUGAUGGGAAACCCAGCGAGUUCCCCAGGAAGGGACAUGUCCAUUCCAUUAGCACUCGCAGCACCAACGCCACAGUUCGAAAGGCAACGGUCUCCCCGGGCCCAUGGAAAAUCCCCGGCUCAGAUAAGCUACCAAGCGUCCUGAAGUCUGGUACUUCUGCCAUGAGCAGAUAAGCAAGGGACUGUUGCCCUCUAACUGUCUCAAACUGACACAGAACAUUCUUCUUAGUUUUUGUCUCACAUUGGUUUGUUUUAAUUUAUUUUAACUAUCACACAUACACACAAAGCAUUGAGGAAUGAAAACAUUAGUGUAUAAUUCCAUGACAAUGUGCACAGUAUCUAAUAAGUUCAAGAGCAUAUAGUCAACACGGAGAUUUAAAAUCGACCCUGAAGUCCCGGUUCCAUUUUAGGGACUUUGGCAGCUAUGGAAGAAACCAAAACAAUAUGAAGGACAGUAAGUACAUCAGAGAAGGAUAGUGCAGUGUAGCUUUAGCAUUUUUUUUUCCCACUGCAUGAAGGACUUGGAUUUCAUUCAAACUUUGUAUCGAGAAACUGGAACAAGUUAGAGCAAUCACAAACUGGAACAUCGCCUUAAAUAAAACUGCACGGAGCAAGCUGAAACAGAGAGAGGAUCUUUACAUGGAGCUAAAAUGUUGUAAAUAAAUUGUUCUCGACAUAUCUAGACAGGGGUUAAAGGGUUUCUUUGAAGCAUCGUUUGGAACUGUACACCCAUGACACGUCUCCACUGUUAACACUUUGGGAUAGUCCACGUGAUACCCUGUAGCAUAGUUCACUGGGCGCUACGGGAGGAGUGGGGAAUCCAGUGAAUUAGUUUCUGUGAUGCCAUUUCUACUGCCAUUUUUGUGAACAAACCAUGUUUCUGUACAUUGGAAAGGAGUUGUUAGGGUGGAGUUGUAUUUGCAAAUUAUUCUCAAAAGCAAUUGAUUACAGGUUCCCCAAAUCCCACGAGGUAGCACGCAAGCCAAUUGGUCAGGCUCAAAACCCAGACGUCUGCAAAGGCCCUUGCAAUGAAAGGAAGAGUGCUACAGAGAAAAAGCUGCAGUUUCCUUAAGGAAAGGCCUUUCCCUCCUGCAGAAAAUGAGAGCUUCACUUACCAACAGUGCUAUGUUUCAUACCCAUCUACAUUCGGUUAGGACACUCUCAGCUUUCAUCCCCUCAGUUUGGCAGAGCAGGUGCCUUUCAGGCACACCUUAAUAAUUAGACUGGUUUCUGAAAUACAGUUGUCAGUGUCAUCAUUCAGUAAAUUCAAUAUAUUUCCAUUUUUAAAAUGGUUUCUAUUUUAUCAUUUCUUCCCUACCUCCAUUUUUGUUGUUGUUGUUGUUGUUGUUGUUCUUUUUUUUUUGGUUCAUCUUUCUUGCUUGUCUGUUUUGAAUUUCAAGCCUUAAGUGCCAGGUAAACAUUCCAGUCUGCCUUCACAGGAAAUAACUCCGGGUUCAGUCAAUCAGUCAUUAUCUCGUUUCAAAAAGAUGCGUGUGUGUCUGUGUAAGUGUGCUUAUGCUUAUCUGUCUGUCAAAAUUCAAACAAAAUUCUGGGCAAUAAUACAUUGGUAAUUUAAAAAGAAAAAAAAUUAAAUAAAGCUAAGUACUGUCAAAAAUUUGUAUUUAAAAAUUACUGUUCUCUAGCAAUCUUAGUUCCUCACAUGCUCUGCUGAAAAAAUUAGAUUGAGAUUGGCUUUGUUCCAAGAAAUUAGCACAUUACUGUAUGUCUCAAACAUUGCACUGGACUGAGAAAUUUAUAGGCAUGUUUCUUCCUGUCCAAUUAUUUGAAAAGCCUCAAGUCAAGGAUUUUGCAGCUUUCAAACAAUUUUUUUUUAGAAAGAAAAAUCCAUUUAUCGUUUCUAAAAAAGCACAAGUCCAUGUAGCUGUUUAUAAAACUCUUAUUUAAUGGUUAAAAAAAAAAAAUCUUUAUCCCCUGAACUAGAAUCCAAUAUAAUUUGCCAUUAAUUUAUUGAAUCUGAUUUUGGACAAUGCUUCUGUAGUGUAGAUGCACGUCCCGGUAUCUUAUUUUUAUGUAUAAAGAAAGUAAACAACGAAAUCUGAAAAAACAGUUGAGAUUAUGCUUGCAUAAACUCUAAUUUGCACAGUUCACAGCUACUCCUUGUGCAGUAAUUGCUUUAUGCGGCUGUAAUCGAUAACCUGUGAAGACAGCACAUCAUCUAAACCCCAUUCCAAAUAAUAUUUCUGUGUAGUGUUAGCUGUGAAUUUACCCUGUACAGCUCUAUCUCUAUAAAUAUAAUUCCAUGUAUUAAUAGUCACAGAAAGGCUGUAAGUGAGCAACUAUUUUUAUGAAACGCACCACUAUGGAUAAAUUAACUUUUACAGAAAUCUUGUUUACUGUAUGAUAUU